AUGGCUUCAUACUUGACUGUCGGCGGGCCAAGCGGCAGUAGCUCAGAAUCGAACCGUGGUCCACGAAGGAAAUCAAGUCGAACAAUUAAAGAACAGAACUUGCCUCAUGGUCAAGCAUCGUGGAUCAGUAGCAAUGUCAAUCUCCUCAAUACUAUCGUUGGCGCUGGUACGCUUGCUAUGCCCCUCGCAAUGUCACAUAUGGGAAUCCUACUCGGAACAUUCGUUAUAAUAUGGUCGGGCAUGAUGGCAGCUUUCGGGUUAUAUUUACAAUCUCGAUGUGCUAGAUAUCUUGAUAGAGGAACGGCUUCUUUCUUCGCUUUAUCACAAAUUACCUACCCAAAUGCAGCAGUCAUUUUCGAUGCGGCGAUUGCCAUCAAAUGCUUUGGUGUGGGCGUUAGUUAUUUGAUCAUUAUUGGUGAUCUGAUGCCAGGAGUCGCGACUGGUUUCAGUCAGGGAGCAGAAUCGAUGCCCAUUCUUAUGGAUCGAAAGUUUUGGAUAACAGUUUUCAUGUUUGUUGUUAUUCCCCUCUCAUAUUUAAGACGUUUAGAUUCCUUGAAGUAUACUAGUAUCGUUGCUCUGGUUUCUAUUGGAUAUCUUGUCAUUCUCGUGGUAUAUCACUUUGUUAAAGGAGAUACCAUGGCAGAACGGGGUCCAAUUAGAGGGGUUGAGUGGGCAGGAAUAGUCCCAACUUUACAAAGUUUCCCCGUCAUUGUCUUUGCUUAUACUUGUCACCAAAAUAUGUUCUCUAUUCUGAAUGAGAUCAAAGAUAACUCGCCCAAGCGAACCACAGGUGUUGUUGCGGCAAGUAUUGGAAGUGCUGCUUCGAUAUACGUUUUAGUCGCUAUCACUGGAUACCUAUCUUUUGGUAACGCUGUGAAGGGAAACAUUGUUGGGAUGUAUAUACCAUCUACCGCUUCAACAAUCGCUAAAGCAGCUAUUGUCAUUCUUGUCAUGUUCUCCUAUCCACUUCAAGUACAUCCUUGUAGAGCAUCAGUCGAUGCAGUCUUGAAGUGGCGUCCAAACUCCUGGAAGAGAAGUCAUUCACCUACUGGUUCGCCUGCACGCUCUGCUCCUUUACUCUCAGGUGGUCGUGUACGACCUGCCGCAAGGAAUGAUACUAUUGGUGAAACACGAUUUGCAAUCAUUACCACAAUUAUCAUCGCUCUCAGCUAUUUUACCGCAGUUACUGUAUCGUCACUCGAUAAAGUCCUCGCAUAUGUUGGAAGUACAGGAAGUACAAGUAUUAGUUUCAUUUUACCAGGAUUAUUUUAUUACAAGAUUUCUUCACCAGAUUCGAUCCACCACCAACGAUUAGCAAAAGAAGAUGACGAAACAGAUUCCGAUGAAGAUGAGGAGGAAGGUCAAGGUUUACUUGGUCAAUCCAUCAAGAAGAUUACUUGGCGUAAAACCAUCUUACGAAAGCUUUCUUUGGCAUUGGCCAUUUAUGGUCUUUGUGUAUUGGUCAUUUGUUUAACAACCAAUCUAUUCUUCACAGCCCAGGGGCAUUGA